AUGAAGCUCUUCUCCUGCGAGCCCUGGGCAGCCCUCGCCGUGCUCUUCUUCACUGCCAUGCUCCAGCGUUCCUGCUCAGCAGCUGAAGGAGCCUCCAACGUUUCAACAAGCACCAUGCCCACGACCGAGUACGAACCACCAUGUCUUAACGUGGACUUCUGCACGCGAGCAGCCAUGUGCUGCCCGUCAGGCAUGGAUGAUUAUGGAUGGAUUGCGGCGGCCGUCGGCUGGAGCCUCUGGUUUCUGACUCUCAUCCUGCUCUGUGUGGAAAAGGUCAUGAAACUCCGGCCGGACGAGCCCAAAUAUUUGGUAGCCUGA